CUGUGCCGACCGACGCUUUGUUUAAAAACCUCAUUCUCGAUCGUGUUAACACUGAGAAGAUCACUGUAGUAUUGGGUUUCGUCGGUUUCUUUAUUGCGAAUUUAAUAAAUAAAUACAACGCGUCUGAAGGCUUAAAAUAUUCGCAAUGGUAACACUUGAUAUUGUGGUUUAAGCUAAUUACAUGAAGUGGCAAUUAUGGAUGCACGAGCGGAAUUACUUUAUAUUGAAACAUGCGUAUCAGAAUCCUGCAUAAUUGAGUUUGUUGGUGGAUGGGAUGGAUUAUUUAUAUCGAAUCUGUAGAAGGUAAACACGGAAUAGCGAAGGAUGUUUACUUCAAUUCCAAAAAGCUGGCAUCACAUGUUCGACGUGAAUGUUACGUUACGUGAGCUAAAUGACGCCUUGGUAACGUUACACGUUCCGGCGAUUGCCAUUAUUAUGACGUUGAUGAUCAUAGGUAUCAUCGGUAACAUGGCAGUCUUACGUAUCUACUUCCCGUAUCCGAAAUCAUUUUCGCGCGUAUUUAUUUUAUGGCUCGGAUUCAUUGACCUCAUUGCGUGUUGCUUUGGAAUGCCCUUGCUGCUGGUGAGUCUCUAUCACCCUUACGAAUUCCCAUCAGUUUAUGCGUGCAAGACGUUCAGAUGUGUGCACGUGUUUCUAGUCGCGGCCUCAGUGUUUAUAUUUGUGUUCAUCGCAUAUGAAAGACACCGCGCCAUCUGCAAUUUUGAGGUGGUGGAAAUGAAACCAGCCCGGAUGCACAUGAUGUGCCUGAUAUCGUGCAUGCUUGCAUUCGUUGUCUCCAUCCCUGCAGUAGUUUUGUACGGUGAGAGAACCGUGAACACUGGAGUGUUCAAUAUCACAGGCAUAGAGUGUUUUGUGGAGGACCACUUUGAGGAAACAAUUUGGCCCAAAGUGUAUUUUCCGUUCCAGUUAAUGAUCUGUUCAAUAGCGUUUGUGAUAUUGGUGAUAUUGUACAUUAAAAUUGGACGACAAUUGAACUGGCAUUUGACGUUUUCACGUCGGUACUCGCGUGCACCGUCAGAUAUGCGCACCUCUUAUUUGAGCGAACAAGAGUCGGACACUUCAAAACUCCCCGGACGAGGUUCGAAAACCGAAAGUCUUUUAAAGACGUCGUUUUCACAGGAAAAUAGCAGUGGACAAACUAAAGCACAUGCGCCAUUAGAAAGUGCUGCCUCAACCAGAAGUUGUCAUAUAGACCGCGUUGCUAGAGAGCUGACAACAAUGUUUUGUUGGCUCACUGUGGUUUUUGUUUUGUCAUUUAUACCACACCUGGCUAUCAUUGUUUUCCAAAUGUUUUAUCCGACCUUUACACAGGAUAUGUCACCUAACGGCAUAAGAGCUUAUAAUAUAUUUUUUCGUUCGUUUGUUAUUAACAAUAUGGCAAAUCCAGUGGUGUAUUUCAUUUGUAUGAGGGACUUUAGAAACGACUGUAAACAAUUGUUAUGCAAAUGUUGAUAUGUGGUAGUUGUAGUGAUACGUUAAAUAAUGUCCAUUGAAUGCAUUAUUUAUUUAUUACGUAUAGUACUCUUUAAAAAUAAUUUUAGAUUUUAUACAUCCAUAUAUUGAUAUACUGAACAAAAUAUUGAAAACAACGUGCCAAAAUGUAAGUGUAUUUGAAUCUCAGAAAUGUACCAUUUACUGGUAAUAUUUAUUCUUAAAUCAAUCAUUUUGUAUGACAAAGUAUAAACUGUCUGUAUCGCCGCAUAUUAUUAGUAUUUUUAUUUGGGACCGAAAUGAAGCGCUUGGAAACCAAACAAAUCUACAAUGCAUCCAACUAAAAAGGACUUGUUUGUAAUUUGGAAACAUAACAACCUUGGAAACCAAAGGUCAUAGAUUCAUCAAAUAUGUUAUUUAUUUAAAUAUAACACACUAAGAUAGCUAAGGCUAUUCAUACCUUAUAUACUGUAGUAUUAGUGUUACUAUACUAAAUUCUAUCCGACAAUGAUUUAGCAAAAAUGAUAUACACGAAUAUAGAACGGCACUUAACAAACGAUAUCGAUGUAACGUUUUAUCAGAUAAUUAACAAUACGGGUUAUUAUGCACUUGAAUAUUAUUGAAAGGAUUGCAAUUAUUGUGUGGUUAUAUAAUAAUGUGAUAUACACUGUAAUUCUAUUGAAAUCUCAUUAUAAUCAUGGUCAUUGGAUGCCAUCGGUUAGUUAUUGAUGAAAUUAUUUGAUGACGCAAUUUGUAUGCCAUUGUUGUAUUUUACGUUUGUAUAUAUUAGAAAACUUUUUAUUAAUGCAUGUGUUAAAAUGCGUUUUAAAUAUUUAUUUAUUUUAGCGUUUCAUGACUUAUUUAAAUCUAAAAGUGUUUGUGCAAACGCCAUAAUGAACUUAUCGCUUGCUCACCUCAAAGUCAUAGACAGAAUGUUCCCUAUGAUGACACCAUGCAUGUCAUAGAUUUAUUAUCAUUUACCAAAGCACAGCCAUUUACUAUCAACGUUAUCAUCAUAAUAUCAUUUCAAUUAUCGUCAGAUUAUGGCUAAUGCUUUGUUUUUUACACAGCACAUUGCCAUUUUUUGCAUAAUGUCUUUCUUCAUUGUAAAUUAAUAAGUAUAACAUUUUUAAAGAAAUUACAUAUACCUGUAAAUCUUGUCUGUGACGCACGUGUACAUUUAUUGACAAUCAUUUCGUUCUCAAAACCUUAUAAUUGUUUUGUUGCGUACUGUUUUUAUGUAAAAUUGUUGUCCCUCAUUUGUUGAGUCUUCUAUGGACGAAAAUUCGGUAGGUGCCAUUCUGCAGGAUUAAUAAAUAUUUGUUUAUCGAAA